CCGUUACGAAAAGGAAUUGGCGGGAAAGGAUCGCGUAUUGCGCAGUUGCGCGGUAUUCGAAAACCUGUUGCAUAGUUCGACGACCCGAUAGUAAUUUGUUAAACAGUGCUUAUUAGGGCGCCACCAUCGGCGAUCAGAAAAUUUGAAAACGCGUAAUCAUAGUAACAUCAGCAUUUUCACGGUGCGUGCACCGUUCGGAAGUGGUGAAGUUUUUAAUGCUUCCUGGCGAACGUAAGGUGUUUGGAAAUUCGUGAAGUGCGGGCUGUCGGUAGUAAAACUUCUAAAUAAAGCGUGGAGGCCACGAAUGCAUUCAGGAAAUGCAACACAGCCUAAGUAUUACUUGUGGAUAACUCGUAUUAGUGUACGGGAGGGACGCGAGAGAAACUGAUUGGCAGAUUACGUUUUAUAACUAGCGGGAAUGGUCCGUCAAUCAAGAUCGGCAAUUUUCAAAUUUUGCCUGCAGCUAGUAGUUUCAGUGGAAAUUGCUUACCGGCACUGAAAGGGUCGACGCGAUUUUAUCGUUUCAUUGGAAGCAACUGUGAAAUUGUUCGUGUAACAUUUACGCAAAUGUCAUAAGUAGUGUUAAAACUUAUUUGGAAUGAAGUUGAAAAAUCUUGGAGAUCUGGUUAUCAGAAAAGAUUACAAUUCUAUUUUCAUCGUAUUUCUCAGAUACCUUGAGAAAUCGAAUGAAGCGGAGGUGUCGCGAAGAAGAAGUACUGUCAGAGAGGAAAUCGAUCUUGAAUAGAAGGACAGGGUCGUUCAAUAAGUCUGUUUUCGACGCAACGAAGAACAGAGACGAGCUUGAAUAUAAACUCUACGGAACAGCUUACAGGCAAUUUGAAAAAUAUUACCCGCAGAAAGAAUAUCGGAGGUGCCGAUCAAAUGAGAAAUGUACGACCCUUUUUUCUUGAAUUGGAAUAUUUUAAUAUACGAUGAAUAGCUGUGCUGUGCAAAGUUGAAGCAAAUAGAAUUGUAUGAAAAUAGAGAAAUUAAAAUUAAAAUAAAAAAAGAAUAGCAAAGGCAAAGAAAAUAAGAAGAAAACUGAACCCAGUAGAGAAGAACAACAAAUAAAUCAUAAAAACAUCGUGGAACUCGUAAGAAUAAACUGAGAAACGAGUAGAAAAUCUCGGAAAAAGGGAAGAACAUCCAGCGAAUGGGAAGAAAGUAAGAACAAAGAAGAAACAAACUGAAAAUGAACGACUUGUAAUAAAGCCCGGAAGAGCAGGAAAUAAAGUAUAAAAAGGAAUAAAAGAACAUGAAUAAAGCACUCGUAAACAGGGUUAGAAAGGAAGAAAAGGAAUCAGCUAAUGAAGGUCACAGAAUAAUAAGAACCUGAAAAUGAUUAAAUAAGCCUCAUAAACCUGAAGAAAGGCAAGAUAAAAAAUUAUCAAAACUCAGGCUGGAUCGAAAAGAUCUGAAAAAAGAAAGAAGAAGGAUCAACAGAGGAAGACCACCAUUAGAUUUAGCCAGAACCACGAAGGAUAACAAGGUGACAGUAGAUGAAGAAGAUGAAGUAGAGAAGAAGGAGUUGAAUGUACAGGUGAGAGGAGAAGGCACCGAGACAGAGGAGACGAGAGGACGAUGGUGGCGCAUGCUCCUGUAUUCGUUGUGCACGCAUCGUAGGCCAGGCAGUUGCCCUCGUCGGCUCCAGGUACACGCUAAAAUCCAUAUCGGUGCUGUGUACCGUCUCCUACGGCCGUUGACAGACACCGGGAGGGUGUCGUCAGGACAUCUGGUCGAGGUUAUCGCGAGGAGUCCCCUGUUCUCCACGCAGCUUCCUCGAGGUUUUCGCGCCGAUUCUCUCGGGGAAGGUACCCUUACAGUUUGGAGCACGUGCCGCUGCCAGUCGCGUGUCACUGCUCGCCGGUAGACAAGCUACUCUCCGCUUGAUUUCCGUUCCAUUCGGCCUCUUCAGCUCGUCAUCCCGAGGCGGAAAUGCAAUUAGCAGUCCGCGUCUCGCUCGAGGCUGAAUAAACGGCUCGAAGCUAUCAUUUAAAGAGGAUGCUCUCAAAGUUGAACCCGAAGGGUGCGUACGAAGGUGCCAAAGAAUUAUAUUGAACCUCGAAGAAUUCAAGUCAAGUUCGUUGACGCGGAUAAUCGCAGAAUUGGAAGUUCUCGAAAACGUUGCAAAUUAGAAAUUUCAGCACGACGAGAGCGUCGGACCAAGUUCGAUCACAGUUAACGCGAUGCGGAUGAAUCUCAAAGCGAGAUAGGUUUAAAGUUUUCGAACUCGUUUACGAAGCUAUCAACGAUCGAUUAUAAAGGACUCGGUUGCCGCGCGUACCGUAGAAAAUAGGAAACGAUAACCCCGGUGUCGACGUACCGUCUGAUAAAGAGAACUUGAAAUCGAAGCCGGAUUCGGCUGCUCAAACUUCCUGACAGGCAUCGAAUCGUCAUUCGAUGAAGAGAUUGUAGCCGUCAGUUUCCUUUGUUCGACGCGAUGCCAGUUCUCAGACAAUGGAGGAGAAACUUCUGACUGUUCCAAGUGUUUGCGUUUGAAUCAACGGAUCUCACGAAGAACGAUUUCAACAUACAGUGUUACAUUAACAAGAACAGAAUCGUCUCGUACGAUGGAACUUUUAUGAUUUUCAAUCGUCUCUUUUAUCUAUGUUACUGGAAAUUGCACGACCACUUUGACCCGAGUCUAACGAACUUGACGAACAGAGGGUCGAAGAAAUUUCCUGGAAGGUACUUCCGAUGAAAUCUUCCUAUCGGAUCAGAAGACAUCAAAGGGCAGCCUCGAGUCGCAAUAUCGUUGGUGAACGGAAUCCUUCGAGUGGAAUUCAAUGAACCAGUAAACGGUCAUUCAACAGGCGACACAGAACGAUCCGAAAAUUUGAAGGAUUCAUCAGGGACCAGUUUUCAAGGACUCGUAUCGAUUGAUAAUAUAGGGCAAGUAAAUCUCGCGUCCAAGGAUUAAGCAUUCGCUGGGGUUCUCUCGUUAAUAUCGUUGCCUUUAGGGUAGAGGGUAACGUACAAGUGAAAGGAGAGAAAGGACUCUUGGAGGAUUAACCAGACCUUCUUUAGCGAGAAAGGAUCUUAGAGGAUCAGCAACAUUAGUUUUGGGGAUCCAACGGUCGUACAAGGAUACACCUUUGCUCUUGGUAAGAGUAGAAAAUAAUUGCGUGUCAGGUAUCGGUGAAAAAUAGCGUCGUUGGUGCCAUUCUGCCUGAAAAGAAUGUCUCUCUUCUUGCUAAUCGACGAUUGUCUUCCACGGAAAUUUCCUGCUUUCAUUUCUCAACGUUGAUAAAUUAUUUUUUACCCGCAAGAGAAAAAUUUUCAUUGAUAAAAGAUUCAAAGGAUAAUAGUAAAAAAAGAAUAGUGCGUUAAAUAAUUCAGAAAUAUUUCAAAGAGGAAAUAUAAAAAUACAAGAAGGGUCUGUAUUGGAAGAUUUUGAUUUCGCUUCAGGCGUCAUACGAAAACAAACAGAGACCGGUCGAGCGACGAACUCGAGCCAACGAUAAGCCGGAAAGACGCUUCGCCCUCAGUCGAACAUGGACUGGCAACAGAACGACACCGUCCCAGAUACCAGUAAUUACGUGUUGAACGCCUUGCACUAUAUUAACAAAUUGACCGUAUCGUUGAACACCGAAGCUGCCAAGUGUCUGGAGCACAAGCAUCAGGAGGAAUUGCAGUUUCUCUCUGUCGGAAAACAUCCAGAUGAGCAGCCAGGAUGCGAGAUUAACUGGGAUUCUUUGCUCUGCUGGCCGAGAACUCCUCCCGGAACGGUGGCCACGCUACCCUGUCUCGAAGAGCUGAAUGGUAUCCGGUACGACAGCACGCAAAACGCGAGCCGCUUGUGCAGGCUGGACGGUAUCUGGAGUAACUACACUAACUAUACCCUCUGCCGUGAUCUUCAGGAACCGGAUAUCGAAGGAAGCGUAGAAAUCAUUUCGACCAAGAUUUAUUUCGUCGGAUACAGCAUCUCUUUGCUCACCCUCGUCAUUGCUGUGUCCAUUUUUCUUUAUUGCAAAGAGCUGAGGUGCAUUAGAAACAACAUCCACACGAACCUGAUGUUCACUUACAUUCUGGCUGACUUUAUGUGGAUUUUAAACCAUGUGAUGCAGGUCUCCAUGCAACCGGAUGUACCAACUUGCGUCGCGUUUUUGUCCCUCCUGAAUUAUUUCCAGUUAACAAAUUACUUCUGGAUGUUUGUGGAAGGAUUAUAUUUGUUCUUAUUGGUGGUGAAGACUUUCACUGGCGACAAUAUCAAGUUGCGACUGUGUCUCAUUAUAGGAUGGGGAAUGCCGGUGCUGUUCAUCGCCAUGUGGGGUAUCGCAAAAUCGCUCGAUCAAAGCAUUAUGAACCAGCCGAACCAGGAAGUAGCUCUGGGAAAACAUUGUCCAUGGAUGGUACCGCAUCCUUACGACUGGUUUUACCAAGCCCCGGCCAUUUUGGUGCUGUGCGCGAACGUGAUCUUCCUCUUCAUGAUAAUGUGGGUGCUGAUAACGAAAUUAUGGUCAGCGACGAACGCAGAGACUCAACAAUAUCGAAAAGCGAGCAAAGCUUUACUAGUUUUAAUACCAUUGUUGGGAGUGACUUAUGUGCUCGUCUUAACAGGACCUACCGAGGGUCAGGUUGCUAAUGCAUUCUCCUACUCUCGUGCUGUAUUACUUUCUUCACAGGGCCUGUUUGUGGCGUUGUUUUACUGCUUCCUGAACACUGAAGUUCAAAACACAGUUAAGCACCACAUAGAACGAUGGACCACAGCUCGUGAUCUGGAUACCGAAAGAAGGUAUUAUAACAAUUGGUCCCCCCGUUCGAGAACAGAAAGUAUAAGAUUACAUUGCCCUCCGUCGAAUCCAUAUAGAAAAAGAGACUCGUCUGUAAGCGAGACGACGACCACCACCGUGAUAGGGUUCAAUUCUACCACCACAUUCCUAGACAAAUCGAAGAAGGCAAUUUCAGAGGAUCUUAACGAAUAAAUGUCUAGCCCUCUCGAAGAAUUGAAUUAGUACUUGGAAGUCAGGUAAUAACCUUGUAUAACACGGCAGUUCCUAUAGAAACUUUUAUUUUCUGUGCAAUUUAAAACCGUGUUGUAUGGGAAUGAUUUUAUUCUAACACUAAGGAAAGUGAAUCAAAGAACACAAUGCAGGGUUUAGAUUUAUUCUGAUCGAAGAAUUUUCAUGGCUGGAUAAAUUCUAUGAAAUUCUAUAUUUUAUAGAAAAUGCUACUAUAAAAUUAAUUAAAUUUUAAUUAUCCAGUUGUUGGUCCGAGAAAGUUAUCAUCCAGUCAAUUUGUCAAUGAAUUUUAUUUUCCUAUGACAAGAUUUUAUUUUACAAAUCGAUUUAGAUUAUUUAUUCAAAAUAUAUUUGUAUAGCAAUCGCUAUCGUAUUAUUUAAUACCGUCUGGUACGAAAAUAUCUCUUUCGAAACUUUCGAAA